UUUUUCACUUUGGUUUUUUUUUUUUUUAGAUCAAGGGCUCGUUUAAGUUUAGCAAGAAAGUAAAAAAUAAUUAUUGUAGUGCAGAAUUUAAUUGUAAUCUUAGAUAUUAUUUUAGCAGUGUGUGCUAUUGUGAGUGCUUAUGCAUUGAUAAAUUCUAAAAGACGUCUCAAUCGGCCAUUAUCUAUAAUGAGAGUCUACAAACAGUUAGAAAACUUACAUGAUUUAGUGUAUGCAAGUGAUGUCAAUUGUGUUUCACAAUUAAGAAUGGAUAGACAAACAUUUCAAAGGUUAUGUCACAUACUCAGUACUAGGGGAAAUUUAAGAAAGACACGAAAUGUCUCUAUCGAAGAGAUGGUAGCAAUGUUCCUAUAUAUUUUAGCACACCACCAUAAGAACCGAGUUGUUGGUUUUAGUUUCAAAAGAUCAGGAAAAACCAUAAGCAAAUACUUUCAUGAGUGUUUAAAAGCAAUGAUUCGCUGCCAAAAAGAAUUUUGGAGAACACCUGAGCCAAUAUUAGCGACCUCAAUUGAUCCAAGGUGGAAGUGGUUUAAGAAUUGUCUGGGAGCAUUAGAUGGAACAUAUAUAAGAGUGCGUGUACCUGAAGCUGACAAACCAAGGUAUAGAACAAGAAAAGGAGAGAUUGCAACUAACGUUUUAGGAGUUUGUUCACAAGACAUGCAAUUUAUAUAUGUUCUACCAGGCUGGGAAGGUUCAGCACACGAUGGGCGUGUAUUAAGAGAUGCUUUAGCUAGGAGAAAUGGUUUGAGAGUCCCUAAUGGUUAUUAUUAUUUAGUUGAUGCUGGAUAUACCAAUGGUCAAGGUUUUCUUGCACCUUUUAGAGGAACACGAUAUCAUCUUAAUGAUUGGAAUGAUGGACACCUUCCAAACACAGCAGAAGAGUUCUUUAAUAUGAAGCACUCAAGUGCUAGGAAUGUUAUUGAGCGUUGUUUUGGAUUGUUGAAAAUGCGAUGGGCUAUUCUCAGAAGUCCAUCUUUUUAUGACAUGAAUACACAACGGCGUAUAAUAUCUGUUUGUUGCAUGCUACAUAAUUUUAUUAGAAGAGAAAUGAGCAUAGAUCCAGUAGAAAAUGAGAUGAAUAGUGUACAAAGAAAUCACCCCACAACAGAUAAUAAUUAUAUUAAUAGUAUCGAGUCUUCAGAUUUAUGGACUACUUGGAGACAAAAUUUGGCAGAAGAAAUGUGGAAUACAUGGCAGGGAACUAGAUGAUUAAACUAUAUAUGUUGUUAACCUUUACUACUUUAGUAUUUUUUUUUUGAGCAUUUUUCAAUUAUGAUUUGAUGUAAUAAGAACAGAUGUCUAUAUUUAUUUGAUAUAUAUGUUUAUUUUUGUUCAAA